AGCCGUUCUAAAGGAGACUUUAUCUUAGUCAUAGAACUGAAAUGACAAUUAUUGCUAAAUUGGGUUCCUUCUGUGUUUGUGUAGUAGUUUAUCAGUAAUUAUUACACGGUCUUCAUAACUUCAAGAGUUAUAUAGAAUCAUUAAAAUAUGGCAGAUUGUAAUGAAGAAUCAACCUCCACAGGAGCAAGAAAAAAACAUUAUCCAACACCACCUUUAAAACAGUAUGAAGGUGAAUAUCAUACAGCUGGUGAGUAUGCAGCGGCACUUCGUGUGUGGUUAAAUCAACUGUACCAGUGGCAGUGUGUUGCAGCAACUUUUCCCUAUUUUUUGGCCUCUGUCCAAGCACAGGCUGCAGUUCAAAGUAACAUUGGAAACACUCCAGCAUCUCCAUCUCCAUCCCAACAACAGGACCCGAGGCCACAAACUGAAACUCCUGCUCAACCUCCUGCCGACCAGGCUAAUGAUGCUCAGACUCAACAACAGCCUUUGCCACAACGUGGAGUGGAAUAUGUUAUACCUCCAUUGUGGAAGAGACUUGUAGCUGAGGCUGUGGACUUUUUCUUGUUGUUCGUUGUCAAGUUAGCUGUUACUUUUGCUGCUGUUGAUGCAUUUGGCUUAAUGAGUGAUGCUGAAAAAUUUGACUUUGAGAAUCUUACCAUGGAUUUUGUGGCAGACUACAAAAUGGCACUUGAAAUGACAUCUGAAAUUUUAGUGCUCGAGCUUAUUCAUCGGAUUGGUACAUGUGUCUUUGAGGCACUGUGUUUACAUCGGGGGACUGGAGGAACUGGAGGGGCAACGCCUGGUAAAAAGCUGGUUGGGUUGAGAGUUGUACGCUGUGAAUGGGUAGCACCUACUGGAGCAGAGCAAGCUGUAGUAUACCCAGCAUCUGAUUUAGGGUUGGGUCGCGCAAUUCUUCGAUCAGUGGUAAAGAAUUUCUCUCUCACUUUUCUCUUUCCUAUUUGCUUCUUCUUAUUUUCUUUCCAACAUAAUAGAACUGUUUAUGAUAUAAUUGCGGGCUCUAUUGUUGUUGAGGAGCAAGCAGUUGUCAGGCGGAGAAAUGGGAAUGAUGGUUAAACAUAGAAUAUUGUAUAGUAGUUCAGAUAAUGUAUACCACAUGUUGGGUUUAUGGUGCUCCCCAGGGCUUUUUAGCUGAUGACAUUGAUGAUUACCUUGAAAAUUUUAAUAUCUUUGACAAAGUGUUUCCCUCUGAAAAUAAUGUACAUACAAUUCUUUGUAAUCUUCUAGACAAACAGGGUUCAAUAAUGUUCAAACCAAACCAUGACCUAUAGCAUAUGUAUGAGCUGUUGAUCCCCUUCACUGAAGCUAAUUUGUAUAUUUUGAUGUGAUAUAUAAUUUCUCAAAACACAUUUUACUAAUGUGUGAGUGAAAAAACUAAUGAAGAGAAUUUGUAAAUAUGUAUUUGUGAUAAAAGGAUUUUUCUGCUAGCGUUUUUAUUCAGCUUAUGUACUUGAUCAAGAGGAUUUUUAAGUUUUGUUUGACUUUAGGUAAAGUUUAAUAUGAAAUACAUUGCUUGUAUAUAUGUAUUCCCUUUGACUAUGUUAAUUUUAUUCUGUUUUAAGUGUAUGCGGGGCUGGCAGAUAUUAUAUUGUAAAGUCAUAAAAAAAGUUGUAUUGUAUUAAAGCAUAUGAAAAUGCAUUUAUUUUAGCUUUGAAUAUGCAGCUGGAAUUUACAUUUUUUAAGUUAUGAAAAUGAAGGCUAUAGUAGUAUCAUGUUCUGGUUCUACUUUCUUGGCUCUAGCAAUAUGAACCAUGUAAACAUGCAUUUGAAUAAUACUUGUAGUUUUCAAAAUUAUUUUUACAGCUAUUAUUUUUACAUAUAUAGUUUUUCAUUUGUAACAUCCAAACCUGACAGGUAAAUUUUCUUGUACCCCUGCUUGGUUGGAUCAGAGAAUUACUGCAACUUGUUAAAAUAUCUUAAGUUGUCAAUGUAUACAGCUUCAGUAACUCAUGGAAUGAAAAAACUCAUUCUUAGAUAAUCCAUAUUUUUAUUAAUCAAAGCCUGAUUUUCUGUUGUGGUGAUGUCUGAAAAAGGAAGAUAUUUCUGAAAGUAAUGCCAGCAGAGUUUUUCAGAAAGGUCAGUCCUUUUAACUCUUUAAAGCUGUUUAGUAGUUUGAGUGUGUAUUUCAUUAUGUGGAAUACACUGCUGAAAUUUCAAGCAUAACUUCCAGUAAAACCUUUAAAAUUAAGUUUGAUUAUAUAGCAUAAGUUCUGUGUUUAGCACCCAACUUUGAAAUUAUGGUGUUGUUAGCUCACAGUGUGAAUUUUAGGGAAUAUUAAAGCUCAUUUUGAUCAGUGUUUUACAGUUUUAAGAAUGUUGUUUACAGUUGUGUUUUGUUAUAAUAGUAUUUUCACUUGUUCAGCUUAAAUGCAUUACUAUUCAUAGGAUUUUUUUAAAAUAUGGAAAAGUUGCUAGAAUUGUGUAAAUGUUUACAGUUCUGUAUUGAUCAUCAAAUGACUUAUUGUUAAAUGUUUUGGUUUGCUUCGUAAUAAAUUUUAACCCUUUGUAAUUUAUAAGUCUUUAUUAAGAAUAUAUAUGCACACAAAAACUUUAAAUAUUCAUCACAGUUCUGCUUCUAUAUUUUCAAGGAGCAUCUAUAACAUUUUUAAGCAAUUAUAUGUGAAAAUAAUGUACAAUAUUUUUUUAUGAAAUGAUCAGGUUAAUCAAAGUCAGCAUUCCUUCAUCUGAGGUUGUUGUAGUGGAAAUAUUUGUAGGGGAGUUUGAUGAUUCCAAGUUUUCUCACUUUAGUAAAUCUUACAUAUUUAUGAUGUAAUAGAGAAAUUUUUCUAUAAUGUAUAUAUAUAAAUAACUUGUUUGUUUGAAUUCUAGUACAUUGAGGUACAUAUUACUAUAGCAUGCCAACCAACUCUUGCAGCUUGUGCUAAAAAAUAGUCUGUAUUAUUUCUAGAGCUACACGUAUAAUAUCUGUGUGUUGUUUGUACCAAUCUAGCAUCUGAGUUUAAUGUUUUGAAGGUGACUGCAAACUUACUGAGAAUUUGUAGGGUGAUUAUCCAGCUGUUAAUGUGCAUUUUUUGUUAGAUUUUGACCGUACUGGGAGUCUCUGGGUUACAUUGGGGGUUCCAUUUUGGGGUUCUGCUCCUAUGCCAUGACAUAAGCAGAAAAACGGUAUAACCCGAGACGUCAUCAAAAAUUGUAAAAAAAAAGCCCUACUUUUAAGCCUUUGAGUAUCUUGAAAACUAUAUAACCUGAAUUUUGAUUGAACUUUUUUUAAAAGGCCCCCAAAUGUUGACCAUUCUGCCAUUUUGGAGCCAUAUUAUAAUUCCAGUCUUCUGUUGGACUGGCGACAUGAACCUGGAACCUGCGCUAUAACCUGGGAAAUAAUUUUUGAUGAAUGUAUUUGAAGAGGGACAACCUCAGAACAACACAAGCUGAUUCAGAUGUAACCCAGGGACUACCUCAGUGGCAUAGUUGGUAUGGUGUUUGCUUCCCACCUCGGUGGUCGCGGGUUCGAUUCUCGGCCAUUCCAUUGAGGAGUGAGAGAUGUGUAUUUCUGGUGAUAGAAGUUCACUCUCGACGUGGUUCGGAAGUCACGCAAAGCCGUUGGUCCCGUUGCUGAAUAACCACUGGUUCCUUGCAACUUAAAAACACCAAACAAACAAACCCAGGGACUGCCUGUACAUAAGAUAAGCAAGAGCUAUUAAGUUUAUAAUGCACAUUCGACUGAUGUAAGCUGUUAUGAAAAACAAAAACUUAAAACCUUGAUAUAGUUUCUCUUUUUAUAGAAGUAUUUCGUUAAACCCUUUCCCACAUACGUAUAUAGUUGUACAGUUAAUGACAGCAUAAAUAUCUUACUCAAAGUAUUGCUGGCAGAAAAAGUUCACAACAUUGUAAAUAUUAUUAUUAUUAUUAUUAUUAUUAUUUAUUUAUUUUUUAUCAGACUAAUCAGUUAAUAAUACUACUCAACUCUCAUAGAACUGGCCAAUAAGUACAUAAUACAAUUUUAUUAUGAGGACUUGCAUGAAUGCAAAUUAAAACACCACACAUGUAUUAUCUACCAUAGACAAAGGAAGCAAUCUAUUCACAGUUUACAAAAUGUACUUAUGGAGCAUUAGGGAGUCUGGAUAAACCUGAUCUCAGUAGCUUUGUAUUUGUCUGUUGAUCCCAUUGGGAUGCAGUUGCCACCCUGAAUGUAGAUGCAGAUUUGUACAUUUUUAUAUUUUCCUUUCUAUACUGUAUUCUGUGAAGGUAGCUUAGCUCAUUUAGUAUCUGUCUGUUUUUUUCUUAAUUCUUUAUAGUUCUUCUGAUAAUAGACUUGAUGUGCAUGUUAUUCACAGUAUGAAUUUUGCCAUUUUGUUGCAAUUGCUUGCACCAUGGUAUUCUUGCCUUCAUCAAUUGAUAGGUCAAAUGUUGGGUUGUUCUUGUAAUUGUAAACUUCUCUGUGAGAUCCUUGAAUCUAGACAUUGUCUCAUGACAGCCCCUAUGCUUAUAAGGACAUAUUUUACUUUAGGCAAUCUGGAUUUUUUAAAACUAAUUUUAAUGCCAUUGUUGAUUUAGUCAACUUUUAGACACACAUUUACAAACUUCGUAAUUUAUGUGUUGGAAGAUAUCUGUGUGAUUUAGAGAUAAAGUGUCAUUUUCUAUCUUGGGUACGCAUGAAAAAGGACAUAAGAAAAGUAACCAGAACUUCAGGUCAUACACAGUUACGGUGUAUUAUGUAUCUGUUGUUUUGUAGACAUUAGGUUGGUUGUGAAACUUUGGCAUUAGUUCACCGUUAACAUAACAAUAGUGAAGCUUUCUCUAUAGAAAUGCCUUUUCAACAGCAGAUUAAUAUGGAUUAGGCUAGGAGAGGUAGCAAUAAAGUUUGAUCCAUGUGAAAAUUUACCAAAUGUUGUCAAUAGCAUUUGUUGCAAGGGGAAUUGCCAUUUUAGAUAGGGUACGUUUAAAGUUCACAAAAGGGACAUGUCCAAGACUUCACUAUUCAUUGUGGAUGAAGUUAGAACAUUAGCUUAAACUUUGUUUACAGUUAAUGUCAUAUUGCAUUCUUUGUUCUCUGCAUAAAUAAACAGUGGCAUGUGAAGGAAAGGAAGUUGAUGCUUAUUUAUUAAUGAUGGCUACUUUCCCAUUGUUAGUCCUCUGUCUUUGGCAGGUGAAGCAUGUGCAAAAUAUGAGUUUUGUAUGAAACUUUUCUCUAUAAUUUCUUGCAUUGUAGAACUGGAUUUGCUAAACAUUUUAUUUUUGGGUUUGGGGUUCUUUGAAAUAACUAGUUGAAGUAGUAGUUCUUUGAUUUUAGAAAAAGUAUCUUUUUUUUUCCUCUCAAUUUUCAUGUGUGUGGGAAGGUUGUAUUAAAUUAUUGUAGUUUUGUUAUUCAGAGUUGUUUAGUGAUUAACACAAAGUUGUAAUGUAAUAUAUUUUGUGAAUGUUUUGUCGAACCUACAAGUCUAGAUUAUUUUCGAAUCCACUAUGUCUAGGAUAUACCAUUGGACUUCUCUAGACAUACAUGUUCUCUUUGAUCAGUAUUAAUUUACUAUUCACAUUAGCAAGGAUCAGUUUAUUGAAAUUACAUAUUAUAUCUUUUAUAACAAAGGUAGAACCAAAGUUACCAAUUCGAAAUGAAAAUAGCACCAAUUUCAGCUUGUACUCUUAAGAGAGAAGGGAUUUAUAUUUUGCAAUACUGUAUAUCCUCAUGAUUAUUUAUUAACUAUUGUUUUGAAUAAUGAAUGACUUUGGAGUCUUUAGAAGUCUAGGAAGGUCUUUCCAGGUGGACUAAGUAAGAAUAAGGAAAGUGCACUAAUAGUGCAAAGGAGGCACUAGUCAUGUUAUCUGUAGUUUUUGUGACUUCUGUGUAGGUGAAGAAAUAGUUAAUUAACAAGUAGUUUAUCAGUUCCAAGUUGUGAACAUACGAUAUUUAUUUCCCAUCAUGAAAACUGAUGUUAUGGGUUUAAGUAUUUCCCAUUGUAAUCGAAUAACUAGAAAAUAACUGUAUCCCUGUAAGAGGAAGUGAAAAUUGGAGCAAUUGUAAAUGAUGUACAGAUCAGUUAAUUUUUUUUUUUUUUUUUGUGUCCAACUGUUCACCUCUAUAUAUGUAAUGUAAGUGAACUUUAUCACUAAUUUAUGUUAAUCUGCACCAGUUUUUUAUCAAGAACAAUGAUGUUUUGUACUUAAGAUCAUUAUAUUGUAUGCAGAUUUCAUAUCUAGCCUUUGUUAUAGAUUAUAGUAUACAUGGUAAAUAUUUCCAGAAAUUUUAAUAAAUAUUUUUAAAUAA